CAAAAAACCAAAACAUUGGCUUGGUUGGUGGAGUUUGUUAUCGUGUUUUUAUCUGAAUUUCCUGUUGUAUAAUCCCAAAUAGAUGGCUACAAUGUUCAGUGUACUUCACGUCGUAGUGUGAAACACAUAACUGUCUGUGGUAUUGAAAUAUGACCGAGUUUCAACGAGAAAAAUUCGACAUGUUGACUCUUCACAAGGUAUUGAUUUGCAUUUUCGGGUGUAUGUUUCUUUACGAUUACUAUCACACCACAACGCCGGUUGUUGUACGUAUUCGUGAUCCUAAAUUUUCUAUUCUUGGGCCUGAUAGUGUUAACGAAAUCGUCGUAAACGACACUUACGAUCAGUUGAUAGAUAUCAGAAACUUUUCGUUUAAAAUCAAUCCUCAGACAUGUAGAGACUAUCCAGCAGGGUUACUGUUGGUAGUGCUGGUAGCUUCGAGGCCUACGAACUUUAAGAACAGGAUGGUUAUACGCAGCACGUGGGGAAGAUCAGUGGAUUCCACUAAAGUUGUGUUUUUGAUGGGAGAGACAAACAAACCGAAGAUAGAGCAGCAAAUUAGGAACGAGAGUCAAAUGUACGGAGAUAUUGUGCAGGGGAACUUUGCCGACGCAUAUCGGAAUAUGACAUACAAGCACGUUAUGGCCUUGAAGUGGGUGGUGCAUCACUGCCCGACUGCUAAGUAUAUUUUGAAGACUGACGAUGAUAUGGUGGUCAAUUCGCAUGAGCUGAGGAGGUUUCUGGCUAAGGAGCUGUCUCCGUGGGGCACGAAGGGAUUGAUAACAUGCCAAGUGCUAGAACAUGCUCAGGCACAGCGUUCAAACAAGUCCAAAUGGAGGGUGUCACUAACUGAGUUUUCUGCUCAGUAUUAUCCAACAUAUUGUGCAGGUUGGGCGAUCCUGUAUUCUCAAGAUGUAGUGCCACGCUUGCUGGCCACUGCCCAAAGCUUACCGUACUUCUGGAUCGAUGACGUUCACAUCACCGGAAUCUGCGCUCAGAUGAUUGGAGUGGCCCGGACGCCUCUUUCUUCACUCAUUCUCAAUAAACAUCGUACUAAUCUGUUGACCAUGUUUGGCCCUGACUCUGUUGGUCAGUUUCUGUUUGGGCCACCAGAUCUGAACCUCGAUAAGAUAAAUACCAUUUGGAAAGCCAUACCAGAGUAAAUUAUAAUACUUUUUACCUAUAAUUUAGGUUUUACAAAAUCAUAUUGAUUUAUUACUACUAACAUAACUACAGAAUUCCAGAAUCUCAUUAACUAGUAUAAGUUCAAAGUUAUGAAUGUUAAUUUAAAGCUUUUUGUGUUAUAGUUUUAGAUAAAAAUAAUAAGUAAUAUGUAUCGUGUUAUAGUGACAUUUUAUAUGCAUUUUAUUCUGCCAUAACUGUGAAACCAUGAGGGUUAUUAUAAAAUCUAGAAUUAUUGAAUGCUACCAAAGUAAUUUUAUUGCUAAGUAAGAGAUAAGUAGGAGCUUCUAAUGAGGAAAAAUGAUAAAAUAAAACCAAAAAUAUUUUUAUAAUUGUAUUUUAAUUGUCUUUUGGUACUUAUUUAUGUAUGUAAUUAUGUAUGUAAUGCCUUCAUUGGAACUGUGUUACUCAAAAUAGAAUAAAAUCAAAGGAAAGUUUAUUCUCAUUUAUGUUUGAUAAUUCAAAUCAUACAAUUUUAUAUCUUUAGGUCGUCAUUAAGUGCCUGAUAAUACUUAUA